GCCACCGCGAGUCAUUGUAAGCGCCAGGUAUGCAUUCAAUCAACUCCACUUUAUCCUUUAUCUUUCAUGGUGAAAGUGAUGGUAAUGAUAGUCAUCACAUUUCUUUUCUUCUUCGUCGAGUUGGUUGUUGGAUUCAUGAACCGUUCCAUAGCUUUGCUGGCUGAUUCCUACCACAUGUUGUCCGACGUUAUGGCUUUAGUUAUCGCAUUUGUGUGUUUGAGGAUAUCAAGGCAUAAGUCAAAGAGAAAUGGUUUUGGUUGGGUGCGGGCCGAAGUUUUGGGCGCUCUAGUCAACGGGGUUUUUCUACUUGCAAUGUGCUUCACAAUAUCACUUGAGUCUAUUGGGAGAAUGAUACAUCCUAGAAGUAUCUCACAUCCCCUUCAGGUACUCGCUGUUGGAUGCGUUGGUCUGCUUAUCAAUAUGAUCGGAAUUGGCAUGUUUCAUAGUGGUCAUGGACAUUCUCACGGUAGCGGAGGACAUAGUCAUAACGUCAAAAAGAAAUCGAAGAGUUCACUGACAGUGAAGCGGCAAGACGCAAACAGAAGCAAGCUAGUAAGUGGUUUUUUAUGGAAAAUAUGGUUCCGGAAAGGUAACUCAAGAGUUCCAGAUGCACAAAAUCUAAACAUGCGAGGUGUGUUUCUACAUAUUUUAUCGGAUGCUAUAGGAUCACUCUUCGUAAUUGUGACGGCUUCUGUUGCUUUAUUUUUCCCAGCAGCCCUUGGACCCUUCAAAACUCUUAAAACUGCAGGCAUCAUUCUUCGUCGUACACCACCAUUCAUAGAUCUUGAGUAUAUCAAAACUGAUAUCAUGAAGCCGAUGAUAGAAACUUUUCCUCCAAAAAUUCGCAAGAUAUUCCACAAGCAUGGGAUUCAUUCGUUAACAAUGCAGCCUUUGUUUUCUUCUGUAUGUUCAUUAUUUUGCAUACUUUAUGGUGGAUGA